AUGGCAAACGCCGAGUGGUUCAAUGCAUGCCAGGAUGCUCUGAACAAGUUGGAACAGCUAUCUCAUGGUAAAGAUGCAGCCGAGCUCAUUCAGAGUAAGUUGCUUCAAGGGAAAAAUGAAGACAUAAAGAUUUCUCUAGAAAAGAGUUUAAGAGCUGGAGACACUAGCAGUCUUAACGCAGAAUGUCUUACUGAUAUCUGGAUCGGAAAGGGCAGGUGGGCAUUCAUCGAUUUAACUGCUGGCCCUUUUUCAUGGGGACCUUCUGUCGGUGGUGAAGGAGUGCGAACCGAACUUAGUUUACCAAAUGUGGGAAAGACUAUUGGUGCAGUUGCAGGUACUAUUCCAAAUAAAGUCUUCUGGAUUGUGGCUCCUAAGUUGUGA